AUGACAUCACAUACUUCUCAUCAUCGUAAUGAAUCUUCUUUAGCGAUACCAUCAGAUAUACCAGUGGAACUUCAAUCGUUCGAUAAUCCGCACCAAAACCACAAAACUUCAUAUCCCCUCACAAAUUCCAAUGUUGAAAACCUAGAAUCAGCAAAUGUAACGGACAUUAUUGCAGAUGCAGGAAGAGUAGGAGAGGGAAUUAGGAGUACAAGCGACACGGAAGCAGUACUUCAAGCUGAGGAUCCGGAGAGAGUUUAUCAACAACUCAAACCUGUAGAUGGGGGACCAGCAGCUUGGAGAUUGUUGAUUGCGGCGUUUGUGUUCGAGGCGAUUUUAUGGGGUUUCCCUAUCUCCUUCGGAGUCUUUCAAGACUACUACUUCACACUACCCCAAUUCGCCAACUCCAAAUCCCAAAUCGCCCUCUCGGAAACUAUCUCCCAAGGUCUCUGUUACCUCGGCGCCCCCCUCUCCGCAUCCCUCACCAAACGAUUUCCCAAACACCAAGCCCAUCAAAUCUGGUUCGGUCUCCCAAUCUGUAUCCUCGGACUCGUCGCCGGUUCCUUCUGCGACUCUGUGCAGGGAUUAAUCUGGACCCAGGGUGUGAGAGUUUAUCUCCCUUCUUUCGCUACGAAUAUCGGAUUAGCCGGUACACAAGGUGCUGCGAUAUUGGCAGUCAUGAGUGUAGCGCAAGUCGCAGGUCAAUUCGCUUGCGGCUACUUGUCUGAUAAGAAUUUCUCCGUCAAUGCUCUCGCGGUGGGUUGUACAAUCAUGGCGACGAUUUCCUCAUUGCUACUCUGGGGAUUUGCAAAAUCGAUGGAUUUGCUCAUUGCAUAUGGAAUCGUGUAG